AUAUAAACAGAGAUGCACAGCCACACAGGUUAGGACUCGUCCUUAGAAAAUGUUGAGGUGGGGGAAAUUUGACGCAAAUGGUCCACGUUUGGCCCCACAGCAACCCAAAACCCGAAUUCCAUUCGCUCCAUAGUGUCGAGUUUGGGAGCCGGUGGGUGCCUCCUUGUUUUUUUCUCUCUCCCCUUAUUCUUUUCUGAUUUGUCUCCUAAAUUUUCCUCGUCCUCCGCCAAACCCUAACCCUCCAGUCGCUUCGAAAAUUCCCAUCUUAUGUUUGAAUCCUCAAAAUAAUUAAACCAGAUCCCCCUAAAUUUGAAUGGUCGAUUCAAUUUCUUGUUUCUUCAGGAAACAGGAAAAAUUUCUCCAAUUGUUUAUUUAAAAAUCAUCCAUGGCUGGUGUCCAAGAAGAAAGUAUACAAUGAUCGAAUUAUUAGGAUUUCGUUUCAAUUGCAUGGGGUUUACGAAAUGCCAGAGCUUCGAAAAGGAGUCUGUAGAGGCCGCGCCACGUUAGCGCAGCAGCAGCAGCAGCAACCACCACAAGAGCAAAAGCAAACGAGGCAGCGGAAUCAAGGCCGGAAACGUGCGGCUGCGUCUGCUGCUGCUGAGGGGGGUAGGCCGAGGACGAGAUUGGCCGCCAAAAGACUGAAGGAGAAGGAUCAUUGUCAGGUAGUAGUAGCUGCGACCGCAAGAGAAGAUCAUAAUCAUAAUCAUCAGGUGAUUGUGAUAUCAGAGAGAGAUAGCGAUAUCGAGAGGAAGGAGGUGGUAAAGGUUGAUAAAGAAAAGAAGGGUGCUGUGAUGGGGGAUGAGAGCGGUGGCUUGAGUGCUAACAAGGCUGCUGGACAGGAAGAGGAGGGAAGUACUGCACCUUUUCCAGAGAGGGUUCAAUUUGGGGGAUCUCCUGUGUACAAGAUAGAGAGAAAGCUUGGUAAAGGUGGAUUUGGUCAGGUGUUUGUUGGACGACGUGUUAGUGGUGGAAAUGAACGUGCAACUGGUUCUGCAGCCAUGGAGGUAGCUCUGAAAUUUGAGCAUAGAAACAGCAAAGGCUGUAAUUAUGGUCCUCCAUAUGAAUGGCAAGUUUACAAUGCUCUUGGUGGUAGCCAUGGAGUUCCCAAAGUACACUACAAAGGAAAGCAAGGAGACUAUUAUGUGAUGGUUAUGGACAUGUUAGGGCCAAGCUUAUGGGAUGUUUGGAACUCUUCAGGGCAAGUGAUGUCUGCAGAAAUGGUAGCUUGUAUAGCUGUUGAGUCCCUAUCAAUUCUGGAGAAGAUGCAUGCAAAAGGUUAUGUGCAUGGGGAUGUUAAGCCUGAGAACUUUUUACUUGGUCAACCAUCUACACCACAAGAGAAGAAGUUGUUUCUUGUUGACCUUGGAUUAGCAACAAAGUGGAAAGAUGGCAGCAGUGGGCUGCAUGUUGAUUAUGAUCAACGUCCUGAUAUGUUUAGAGGAACCGUUCGAUAUGCUAGCGUUCAUGCGCAUUUGGGAAGAACUGCCAGUAGAAGAGAUGAUCUUGAGUCUCUUGCAUAUACACUCAUAUUCCUACAUCGAGGUCGAUUACCAUGGCAGGGCUAUCAGGGUGACAAUAAAUCGUUCUUGGUCUGCAAAAAAAAAAUGGCUACAUCACCUGAAGUGCUUUGCUGCUUCUGCCCUCCACCUCUAAAACAAUUUCUUGAGAUUGUGGUAAAUAUGAAGUUUGAUGAUGAGCCCAACUACUCCAAACUAAUAUCUUUAUUUGAGGGUUUGUUAGGACCAAAUCCAGCUAUAAGACCAAUAAACACUGAUGGUGCUCAAAAGAUUAUUUAUCAAGUAGGCCAAAAACGAGGUAGGUUGAACACUGAAGAAGAAGAUGGUCAACCCAAGAAGAAGGUUCGCCUUGGAGUUCCUGCUACACAGUGGAUUUCUGUCUACAAUGCAAGACUUCCAAUGAAGCAGAGGUACCAUUACAAUGUGGCUGAUGCAAGGUUGGCUCAACAUGUGGAGAAAGGAAUGGCAGAUGGUCUACUGAUAAGCUGUGUGGCAUCUUGUACCAAUCUUUGGGCAUUAAUUAUGGAUGCUGGAACUGGCUUCACAAGCCAAGUUUAUGAGCUUUCACCUUCCUUCUUACACAAGGAGUGGAUCAUGGAUCAGUGGGAGAAGAACUAUUACAUUAGUUCUAUUGCUGGUUCUAACAGUGGAAGCUCCCUUGUUGUUAUGUCCAAAGGCACCCAAUACACUCAACAAUCUUAUAAAGUGAGUGACUCCUUCCCCUUUAAGUGGAUAAACAAAAAGUGGAGAGAGGGUUUUUAUGUCACCUCAAUGGCAACUGCUGGGAGCCGAUGGGGUGUUGUUAUGUCUCGCAAUGCAGGCUUCAGUGAUCAGGUUGUGGAACUUGAUUUUCUCUAUCCAAGUGAGGGUAUCCACAGACGUUGGGAUAGUGGUUAUAGAAUCACAUCAACAGCUGCAACUCCUGAUCAAGCUGCUCUAAUCUUGAGCAUCCCUAAGCGCAAACCUGGUGAUGAAACUCAAGAAACUCUACGCACAUCUCAAUUUCCCAGCACACAUGUUAAGGAAAAAUGGGCAAAAAAUCUCUAUCUUGCCUGUCUGUGCUAUGGAAGGACUGUAUCCUGAAAUCAUUAGUCAGUGGUGGCAUUUUUUGUGAGGAAAAAAUCCCCAACCUUAUUAUCUCAAUCUGUUUUGUGUGGAUGUACCAUGUUAAAUGUAAAGAGUGGAUAGGAAUUUCACCCUCAGCGUGGCAGGUGCAAUGGAAUUUGUCUUGCUUUAUAAUGUUGUAUCAUACAUGUAUCUUAACGAAUAUUUGUUGGCUUUCAGUUAGAAUGUUUGCUCACAAGGUUGAGGUCAGUUGCCCAACUUGUCAUCAUUCUCAAUUUUGAUUUAUCUCAUACUGGCCAACCUGCAACAACGCCUAAUCGCAAUGGUUUCAGCUGCUGCCAUCCAAAGUUUUUAGUGCCAAUUGCCUAAAUACAUAUUCCCUACGGUUGCCUCCAAAAAUUCCCAAAUCCUCGCAGGAUUAAGUUUUGUAAUUUUCACCUUCCUCGCUGUGAGUUGUGAUUAAUCUUAAAUGCUUUUUCUUUAAAAAAAAUAUAUUAUGAGGCUUAAUGGCCAAUGUUCAAAGUAGACUAUUUAAUUUUGUAGAGUGGUAUAGAACAUGUCAUUAGCUCUAGAAUUACACUACAUAA